AUGCUGUCCACCUUCUACCGUGAUGAUACUGUUUCCUUUCUUCAACCCUUACUACGUAUCUUCUAUUGCAGGAAGAGGACGAGAAGUACACCAUUUCUUGCCAUAAUUCGUGAUAUAUAAGCGUUGACAAAUUCUGGUCGAUACUCCCUGUCCCUACGAUUAACGAACAGCAACUAUUUAAUAAAGGUUUUUCGAGGCGCAGUUUAGGCUUAUUUCCCAAUUGAUGCACUUGACGUAUGAUGCGUAUGCACUUAAAUCGGCCAAUCUAUAGCGUUACUCAACCUGUUUUUAACAAGAUAUUUCCGUAUUGUCGCGUUAGCGCACGCACACAACGUACGUAAAACCGUCUCGACCCGCCCCUGUCCAGUCAUGUCAGCGCUAAAUGAACCAUCAGGGCCGCCAUAAAUCCUCGGACUAUCAGAUGAGCAGCCACGGACUUGCCUGUCCCGGAUAUAACGAGGGACCACCGCCCAGCGUAAUGGAAGCACUCUCUGUCGACGCUCGAAAGAUACCUUCGAGAUUGGACCAAGGCUCCUUGUCCCGCUGGACGAACCAACUCCAUCUGAUCCGAUCUAACAACUAUACAGGAUUUUUCUAGCAAACAGCUUCUCUAAUCCCGUCUAAUUUCGUUGGGAAAUUAUGGAGUUCUUCUAAAAAUCACACCUUUCCUUGCCUACAUAAAUGUAUGUAAACGAGCGCCUAGAAUUUGGAGGAUUUCUCACCCUGAUCUUUGAUGUGGAUCUAAGUUACUGCUUAUUUCGAAAGAUACGGUUGCCAGGUAUACCGCUGCUGCGUUCGAUCUUCGACAAAAAUCUAUCGAAGAAGCCCGACAAGGUCGAACAAAGGCGGAGAACAUUGUUAAUUACACGGCCGUGCUGGUAUCGAUGUGGCUGCCGUAGGAGUAACCCGGCCGAGUGGCCAGUAGUAAAGAUGGCAUCGUACACACUAACGAGUAACAAGUGGCGUGACGUUUCAGUUAAGCUUUACUUUGCGAUGUGUGCGAAAGACUGGGAAGAAGAUAUCGCAGAUUCUCAUGAUUUGAAACAACGCACAUUAAAGACGCACUAAAAUGGCGGCUAUCGAUGGAAGUCGAAUAUCGAACGAGAACGAUAUAUCGAA